AUGGAGCCGGCCGGGGCCCUGCCCCGGAGCUGCUCUCCGGCCCUGGAGGCGGCCGAGCCCCCGGGGUCCCCCGCCCUCCCCGCCGAGGAGCGGCCGCCGGCCGCCGCCGCCGCCCAGGAGGCGCGGCGCCGCGGGCCCGGCCCGCAGGGCCCGGCGGGGCGCGGAACGCGCGGCGGGGGCGGGCGGGCCCCGGGCCGGCGCGGAGGCGAGCCGGGGGGCCGGGCGCGGCGCCCGCGCGUCACCGUGGACAGCUCCAAGGCCAAGACCUCGCUGGAGGCGCUGAAGAUCAGCCUGCGGCAGCUCCGCUGGAAGGAGUUUCCAUUUGGCAGACGUUUGCCAUGUGAUAUCUAUUGGCAUGGGGUAUCAUUUCAUGAUAAUGAUAUAUUCUCAGGUCAAGUCAACAAGUUUCCAGGGAUGACAGAGAUGGUACGUAAAAUUACACUGAGUCGGGCAGUGCGAACAAUGCAAUAUCUAUUUCCUCUUGAAUAUAACUUCUACCCUCGAUCCUGGAUUCUGCCAGAUGAAUCUUCCUUCUUUGAGAAAGAGGUUCGUAUGAUGAAAGACAGGGAUCCAUCCUGGAAGCCUACUUUUAUUGUAAAACCUGAUGGAGGUUGCCAGGGGGAUGGAAUCUACCUCAUUAAAGACCCUAGUGACAUCAGACUGACUGGAGGCCUACAGAGCAGGCCAGCUGUGGUCCAGGAAUAUAUUUGCAAACCACUGCUUGUUGAUAAACUGAAAUUUGAUAUUCGCCUAUAUGUCUUACUGAAAUCUUUAGAACCCUUAGAGAUUUAUAUAGCCAAAGAUGGACUUUCUAGAUUUUGUACAGAGCCCUAUCAGGAACCCACUCUCAAAAACUUGCACCAGGUUUUUAUGCACUUAACCAACUAUUCAUUAAAUAUUCAUAGUGGGAAUUUCAUCCAUUCUGACAAUGUAAACACUGGCAGCAAGAGGACUUUCUCAAGCAUUCUGUGCAGACUGUCUUCCAAAGGAGUUGAUGUCAAAAAGGUGUGGUCAGAUAUAAUUUCACUGGUGAUUAAAACAAUUAUUGCCCUGACACCAGAGCUAAAAGUUUACUAUCAAUCUGACAUACCAGCAGGAAAACCUGGGCCAACGUGCUUCCAGAUUUUAGGGUUUGACAUUCUCCUGAUGAAAAACUUGAAGCCCAUGUUACUUGAAGUAAAUGCAAACCCCAGCAUGAGAAUAGAACAUGAACAAGAGCUGUCUCCUGGGGUGUUUGAAAUCGUCCCAAGCCCUGUUGAUGAAGAAGUGAAAGUAGCUGUUAUCAGAGAUACUCUUCGUCUAGUGGACCCUCAGAAACAAAAGAAAAAAGAUAUCCAACCUCAGACUUUGGAGCAUGUGUCAGACACAAAAGAAGAGCAAAUGGAUGCAGGACCACCAGACGGUCUGGAACAUGACGCCAACAGAAAUGCAGACGCUGGCCUACCCUCCCUGUGUCUCAAGCAAGUGUUUCCGAAGUAUGCUAAGCAGUUCAAUUAUCUGCGACUUGUGGACAGAGUGGCUGCGUUGUUUAUCCGUUUCCUUGGUGUUAAAGGGACAACCAAGCUUGGGCCAACAGGUUUUCGAACAUUUAUAAGAAAUUGCAAGCUGAGUAACAGCAAUUUUUCAAUGGCUUCUGUAGAUAUCCUAUACAUUGAUAUCACGAGAAGGUGGAACAGCAUGGGAAUCGAUCACAAAGAAUCAGGGAUGUGUUGGCAAGCCUUUGUGGAAGCUUUCUUCUGUCUAGCUCAGAAAAAAUACAAGUCACUCCCACUUCAUGAGCAAGUGGCAUCACUGAUUGAUUUUUGUGAAUACCAUCUAGCUGUUCUGGAUGAGAAGCGCCUAGUUUGUGGCCGAGGGAUUGUGGAGCGCCGAAAUGCACUAGUUACUUGCCAGACAGAUGGACUUCAGCUUACACCAGCUGCUCAUACAUCCCUCCUGAAUAGUAUGGCCACAGCUAAUAAGCUUGCAGAUUAUAGAAACCAUCAAUAAUAAUGGUGCUAUUUUAUCAGGGCAAAGCAGAGAGAGACUGAUGGAAUUGAGAAUUAAUUCCUGGGUACGUACAGCAGGAGGUGAAACAGAAUCUUGAAUUCCUACAUCUGAUAGUCAGAGUUGUUUUACAGCUUUUUUUGAUUUACACUCUUCAAAAAGUCUAUUGCAAGGUCACAUUUCCAAAUAAUGACCCUUCCUGGCAAUGACUAUUUAUUUACUCCUCUGUACACCCUGAGUGACAAACUGUGUCUUUCUUCUGCUUGUAUAAAAUACAAGAUUGAAGCAUGAAGACAAACAACAGAAAAUGGAAGGGGAUGAUAACCAGCAUCAUGAGAUUGGUUGCACUGCUUUAGAGGCAUGCUGCACAAAAGGAAUUAUGUUGCUUUGUAUGCACUGGAUGUAUCGUGGAAACCAAGUAAGGAUCUGCAAUCUAAAUACCAGUUGUGUGCUUCCGCAAACUAAAGCCUGGAAUUACGUAUGUGGUCAAAAUUUAGGCUUUGACUAUCUUUUUUUUGGACUGAAUUUGUUGGUAUCAGUACAGAUUUUGUUCAUUUCCUACAGCUAUGUACUUCAUAUUUUAAGUUAAUCUUGAAACAUUGAAAUCAUAGUAUUUUUGCUUCUGUUUCUUCAUAAAUGACUUUGCCAUGACAACUGCUGUUAAAUUUUUAAAGAAAAACUAAAGCUGUUUACCUUUUUUGCUUUCAGA